AUGUGCGAAGGUCGCGGAUUGUCCAGGGCCAUAUUGAUAACAAGGGCCUGUUAUGUAAGCUUACACGUGUUAUUGCGCAGAUUUGCUUCACUUGAGGAAAUGAUUUCGGAAUAUACAAAGUUGAGAGGCUUUACUAAUACAGAUAGGGCAUACAGAUCAGUUGUUGAGGGUGUUGACGUUACUUAUCUGAUAGAGUUAGAUGUAAGAAAAAGAACAAGACCGUUCAAGUGGCAUUGGGCAGCACAUAUUUGUAGGAUGAAUAAUAAUAGAUAG